AAGUAGUACCGGUUGGGGGCAGUGGGAAGUGUCCCGCAGCAGAUCAGCUGGUUUAAAGGAAAUUCCUCAGCAGUAGGCUAUAACUUCUUUGUUACCGAUUUAACUGUACAAGGCAUACCAUUUAACUUUGGAAAUCACAUAAGAAGAAUACAUAAUUCGUUUGGUAAUGACAGCAGGUGAGAGGUGAUCACCAUGCCCUCUCUGCCCGUCGUGCCAGAGGCCUACAGCCAUGUCCUGGCCGAGUUCGACUGCCUGGACCCCCUGCUUGCUGCCUUGCGCCUGGACUCCGGCCGGCUGAAGUGCACCUGCUUGGCAGUGUCCAGGAAGUGGUUAGCGCUGGGUACUUCUGCCGGGGGUCUGCACCUCAUUCAGAGGGAGGGCUGGAAACAACGGCUCAUUCUGACACACAAGGAAGGAUCCAUCACGCAGGUCGCUUGCUGCCCCCAUGAUGACGACUUUGUUGCUGUUGCUACGAGUCAGGGCCUGGUGGUGGUGUGGGAGCUUCAGCUGGAGCGGAGAGGGCGCCCCGAGCGGGUGUCGGUGUCCUGGGAGCAUCGGGGCGCCGCCGUGACGGCGCUCUGCUGGGACAGCGCCGCGCUCCGCGUGUUCGUCGGGGACGCCGGCGGGAAAGUGUCCUUCCUCCGCGCCGGGUCCUCCAAACUGGGAAAGGGGUCCGCGUUCGUCAUCUUCCCCGUUCAGACCAUCACCACGGUGGACUCGCGCGUGGUGCAGCUGGGUUUCCAGGACAACCGGCUCCUGGUGUCCUCUCUCAGCCGCUGCUACCUGUGUGACACGGACAGGGAGAAGUUCUGGCGGGUGGGCAAUAAGGAGAGGGAUGGCGAGUACGGGGCCUGCUUCUUCCCGCAGGGGCGUGGCCUGGGAGCGGGCCAGCCCCCUCUGCUCUACUGUGCACGCCCCGGCUCCCGCGUGUGGGAGGCCAAUUUCAGCGGAGAGGUUCUGAGCACACACCAGUUUAAACAGCUGCUGGCCUGCCCCUCUCUCCCACUCAUCUCCUACAGGUGUGACCCUCAGUACAGUCCGGCCCAGCGGCGCCCCCAGUCCAUCGCCUUCCCCAGACUGCUGUGUCUCAGCGAUCAGAACCUGCUGACCUGGACUGACUCUGCCAUGUACAUCUUCGUACCUCAGAGUGGCCAAGUCCUGCUCUGGACGGAGAUUAAAGAUGUGGUGGACGUGGCGGUCUUCCGCAGCGAGCUGUUCUGUCUCCACGGCGACGGGCGCCUGUCGCACCUCUCGCUGCUGCCUGCCGAGCGCUGCGCCGAGCGCCUGCUGCGGCGGGAGUCCUGGGCGCUGGCCGCCGCCGUCUGCUGCAUGUUCCAGCACGCCGUCGCCCCCUGCAGGGUAAGGAAGAUACUUCCCAUCGACCGCCUGGAGUACCUGAGGUCACAGCUCAGCAACUCCACCCACCAAGACCUCAUCAGCCAACUGGAGGAAGUCAUCGCCAAGCUGGAGCCCCUGGACUCCGCCUCCAGCAGCCGAAGAAGCAGCAUCUCGUCACACGAGAGUUUCAAUGUGCUGGACUGUGGGAUCUAUCGGGUCAUCAGCCGCAGGGGUAGCCAAUCGGAUGAAGAGACAAGCUCCCUUGUUAGCCAAUCAAUGUUAGAAGAGGAACGGCUCAAGGAAUUUAGCUUUAUUCAGGAGGACGAGCCAGUGGAGCAGGAUCAGCCACCCGAGCGCCCUGAGCCUGAUCGCUCUGAGGCCGGCCUGCAGUUCCACCUCCCUCUCUCAUUCCGCCCCAAACCCCCCCGUGUGGCACUACAGGCCGUCAGAGACAGUGUCUCCAGCUUUGUCAAGAAGACCACGGAGAAGAUCAACACCCUCCAGAUGAACUCCGAGCUCUGGGCUCGUCCCGACCUGAAGGAAGGGGGGCAGAGUGAUGUGGCGGUCACCAGCACCCCAAUCUCCGAGGAGAGGGACGAAGAGUCGAGUGCCGACUCUCUUGGUGCUGAUACGCACCUCCAGGAGCUGAGAGAGGCCACUGACCGAGCAAUCUCUCAAGUGCAGGACCCAGUGGUUCUGUUGGACCCGGCCUGUCUGGGAGAGGUUCUGCAAGAGUGGCUGCCGGUCCUGGAGCGGAUCCUGGGCCCGCACGAUCCUCCCCCAGCCGAGGAGAACCCGCCAGGCCCGGAGAACCCUCUGGAACCAGGCUGCGAGGGGGAGCGUCCCGACAGCAGCGCUACCGCCACCGGGGGGGGGCCGGAGGAGCGGGACGAGGCGCGCCCCGACCGGGAAGGGGCCGCCGAGGGUGUCCCCGGGCCCCAGAGCCCCGAGGGGGGGCCGGCAGAGCCGAUCCGUGUGACCUCGCCGCAGCCCGUGCCCUCCAACCUGCUGGCCGACCUCUCGCAGCUGGCCUCCCUCAGCCUGGACCUGGGCCGUUUCCAUGGCAGCGCUUCCUGCGAGGAGGGCGCCUGCUCCUUCCUGCGUCGGUACUUCUUCCUGUUGGAUCCCGAGCGCAUGCAGAGGGCCUGUGCGUUCAGGUACCGGGACCUGCCCGCGGUCCGGGAGGCAUACAUCGCAGGCCUGCUCGAGCUGACUCGGUCCAGUCCGGUGGUGCCAGUCAUAGAGAAGGGGGACCUGCUGAAGUCCCUUCGGGCACUGAGGGAACUGCAGCCCUGGACCCCACCCCCACUGCUGGCUCACCUGCACAGGCUGUAUGAGAAGCAUGGCGAGCUGGCUGUCCGCUCCUUCGCCCAGUUCUAUCCCACAAUCCUCCCCUCUGACGUCAUGGCCAUGGCCAACAGGAGCCACUUCCUGGCCUACCUGGAUAACCUGGUGCACUCCCGUGCAGAGGAGCAGAGACUCUCCUUCCUUGGGUCCCUCCUUCAGCCCGAAUCACUGCGGCAAGAAUGGCUGGAGCUGGCGCUAUCCCAUGAUGCACCACAAAAAGUCGACACCCUGACCUUAAGCGGACAGCCCAGGUGGCGCUCUCAUCUUUUCCGAUGGGGAUACGGGCGCCUCCUCUCCCUCCUGAUCCAGCUGCCAGCUGACCUGGCCUCCAAGCAGAAGAUGGCGGAGACUUGCAAAAGUUUUGGGUACUGGUCAGGCUACCUGUCUCUGUGCUGUCAGCUACAGCGCCGCCCAGAGGCCUUUGCUACCAUCUGCAGCCUGGAUGACUUGAGCCUGUUAGAGGGACCCAGUGGCAUAAACCCUGAGACCCUGGAGGAAUGGAAGCUCCUCCUCCAGCUUUCCCAGCAACAGCGUGACUCCCCUGACCCCGCCCCUGACCCCGCCCCCGGCCCCGCCCAGCCCAAUGGUAACGGUCUGUCCAACGGCUCCUGUGAUUCGCGCGGCCAGAUCAGCCCGGAGAGCCUGGUGCUGCGAUUGGCCCGUAUAAUCGGGCCGGACCGGGCCAUUGAGACACUGGAGGACUGUGGGAUAUGUGUGGAGCUGGGACCACGCUCAAGUCUGAUCUGCGAGCUGCUGAGAAUGGCGGAAAAGAGGCAGAGGGCUUUGAUCCAGACCAUGCUGGAGCGCUGUGAUCGUUUCCUCUGGUCCCAGCAGGCCUACGGAGGCCAGGCC